CUGGGUACAAUAUUGGCAUCAGGGGUGCGUUCUCGCUUCUUCCAGUUAUAAGGGACCUGGUAGUAUUGGAUCUCAUGAGUUAUGUAAUCUCCUGGCACAAACACAUAUCUAGUCGACUACAAGGACAUGAAAAGCAAGUUCUGCGACGAGAUAAAAAUCAUAGAGAAUCGUUUAUAUUGUGUCGUUUGGAGGAGGAGCGGCAGAAACCACAAGACAACCAGGAUUCUGCGAUGACUGGAGAAGAGUCGCUGACUAUGAGGGGGGCUCCUGAACUCUUGACCCACCUAUGACUUCAGGGCACAAGCUAUUUCAAGUGUGCGGUGCCAGGUGUAUGCUGGGAAACCACAGCGUGAAGUCACUUACAUCUCCCGGAGAAUUUCUGUCAUUCCAGAGUCCAGUACAGGAUGGAUUGUUUGCCUCCAGGUCCUGAAGACAAAAAUUUUCUCCCGUUCCCUCGCCCGCUGCCCUGCAUCACCGCGUCUGCCGUAGAGCUGGCCACGUCUGGCAUUUACCCUCCUGCCCGCAUGACUGGGAGUCAGACCCUGCUGCCGUACUUCACGGUGCAGUUCAGCAAGAUGGGGUCAUUCCGGCGUCCUCGCCCUCGCUUCAUGAGCUCCCCGGCGCUCAGCGACUUACCGCGGUUUUAUGCCGGCAGACAGGCCGUGCAGCUCAACUCCAGCGCCGUGUGGAACAGCGUGCAGAGCGCUGUCAUCAACGUGUUCAAAGGAGGAGGCCUGCAAGCCAACGAGCUCUACUCCCUCAACGAGAAUGUCAGACACUUGCUGAAGAGUGAACUUGGCUCAUUUAUCACAGAUUACUUUCAGAAUCAGCUGCUGGCAAAAGGUUUGGCCUUCAUGGAGGAGAAAGUCAGGCUGUACGAAGGUGAAAACCGCGUCCUGAUUCUCUCAGAAUUAUGGGAUCGUUUUUUCACUGAGAUCCUGCCGACACUCCAAGCGAUAUUUUAUCCCGUCCAGGGCCAGGAACUCACCAUUCGUCAGAUCGCUCUGCUCGGCUUCAGGGACGUGGUUCUAUUAAAGGUCAACCUGGACAGAACGCUGCCAUUGCUGCAGACGCCGGUCCCACCUCCCAUCCUACAGAUGCUGCUGGUCCUCCAAGGUAUCCACGAGCCCUCAGGACCCAGCGAAGGCUACCUGAAGCUGGAAGAAUUGGUAAAAAUGGUGGUCUCUCCAUACCUGGCGGCAUAUGGGGACAGGAGCUACAGCCACAAUAGUGCCCCCUGUAUACUUGAACACAGAUUCCCUAAAUGCCAUCUAAGAUCGGACUCUGCACCCUACACGCCCCAUGGCGGUACUUCCCUUCCGGUUGAGCGCUGCCUUUCCCCGCUCACCGAGCAAGAGGGCGAGGCGUAUCUGGAAAAAUGCGGCAGCAUCAGGAGACACACGGUCGCCAACGCUCACACGGACAUCCAGCUUCUGGCCAUGGCCUCCAUCAUGCAUCCCAGAUCGGAGGAGGCGGAGCUAUCGGACGAGUGCAUCCUACUGCAGCCCAGCUUCACCCAGCGACAGUUCAGCAGCGAGCCCAAUAUUGUGGACAGUCCCCCGGAACCGCUCAGUACUGACCUCCACCACGGCUCCGAACACAGCUCCCCGUCCCUCAGCUGACAUGUACCCCGAGAACAGUACAUUUUAAAUAAUUUGGGGGGAUUUUCGGACCCUGACAACAUCUAGACAACACACUAAUCACCCCAUGUUUUACCAAAAACUUAAAGGGGUACUCCGGUGGAAAACUUUUUUUUAUUUUUUUUUAAAUCAACUGGAAAAUUAAACAGAUUUGUA